CCAAGGCUUUGGAUGAAUUCAUCAGCACAUUGCACACGUGAUAUGUGCGCGCUGGUCCUGAUUAGCUGACAAACAGCUGAUGAACAUGGCAAGGACACAGUUUAAAGGACAGACGGGAGGAAGGCAUACUGAGUAGUAAUAACCACAAUGGAACAUACAAACUAUUUUUAGGGUGCGACCGACUAUUUAUUAUCGUCCCGCAGUAGUCUGUGACCUUGGGAUUUUGACAGAUUUUGCUUAGAACCGGCGAUUUGGAAUUCUACAUAUCUUUCAUAUACCGAAUUUAAUUUAGCUAAGGUCGAGCCCAUUUAGCAAUGGAUUUUAUAUUGAGCGGGGCAGCUGCCUGCGGAGCUUGCCUGUUCACUAACCCACUGGAGGUUGUCAAAACUCGAAUGCAAUUACAAGGAGAGCUCAAAAACCGAGGGACCUACCAGAUUUACUACCGCAACGUUUUCCACGCUUUUUACACUAUCGGCAAAGUAGAUGGACUAGCUGGUUUACAGAAAGGGUUGAUACCGGGACUUGUCUAUCAGUUUUUCAUGAAUGGAGUUCGGCUUGGGUCGUAUUCAAUCAUUGAGUCAUCUGGAUACAUCCACACGGAUGGGAGGGUUAGUGCUGCUAAAACCACAGUAGCAGGGGCUGCCGCUGGAGUAGUGGGAGCAGUGAUGGGAAGUCCCAUCUACUUGGUGAAGACUCACAUUCAGAGUCAGGCCACUUCCUCUAUAGCUGUUGGACAUCAGUAUCAACAUCAGGGGAUGGUCCAUGCUCUGGCAGCGAUCCACAAGCAGCAUGGUAUCCUAGGCCUGUGGAGGGGCUCCAGUGCAGCUGUACCCAGGGUCAGUGUGGGGUCAGCUGCUCAACUCUACUCCUUCGCUGCCUCCAAGGAGCUUGUCGUCGACCUACAGGUGUUCCCAGAGGGCAGCUGGCUGGUGGCUCUGUGCGCAGGGAUGAUCAGCAGUGUGGUGGUGGUGGCAGCCAUGACACCCUUUGACGUGGUCAGCACACGGCUCUACAACCAACCUGUGGAUCAUACAGGCAAGGGAGAGCUCUAUAAAGGUUUUGGGGACUGCUUCUCGAAGACACUGAAGAUGGAGGGUGUGACAGGGCUCUACAAAGGCCUGGGUGCAUCCUACUUCCGUCUGGGGCCACACACCAUCCUGUCUCUACUGUUCUGGGACGAACUAAGGAAGCUCUGGCAGCAGCACAGAUAGUAGCCGGCAGGCAGGACAAGCUCUACUCUGCCAGCAACACAGAUAGUAUCAGGAAAGGGAAUGGUCGCGUUCCAGGCCAUCUACAAAGCAGUUGCGCUGCAUAAAUGAACCAAUGAUUGCCACGUCAUCUACAUUGCACCUGCUCAGGCCCACGUGUUCACACUGCAACCAUGUGCAUCACGUAUGUCUCAACCACACUCCCCCCCCCCCAUCCAUCCUUCAUCUCCUGGAACAUUCCAGUGCUUGUAGCAUUCAGCCAUAUGGCCUCAAAUUGCACUGUUCUAUUUUUAUCCGUAGCCCACACCUUUUGAAUAUUUACAUAAUACAUUUGAUUCAUCCACUGUCAUAGUGAUGGAGGAUAAUUAGAUUUCCAGUUUUUGAGGAGAAGUUUUUUCAAAAUCAUUGACGAGAAAAGUAUGGUCCACCCUGUUUGAGUAUCUCACCACACCCUAAUAUGCCACGUCUUGAAAUAUGCAGAUAGACAGAUUAAAAGCAAAUUUACAUUGUAAAACCUCUGACAGCCAACUGUCUAACUCCGCCCAUAACUUUUGGACCUAGCACUCCCAGAAGGCCUGGAUUAUUAAGUCCAUGUUAGUUUUACACUUGAGACAUGACGCUACUGUUGUCAUGUAGAAUUUGUGAAAUUUGUCUCUGGUAUAACAAAUUCCAUACAUGCGUUUAUACUGGAUGAAGCGUGCAUUUUCGUUAACUGUAAUUACGCUAGUUAUGUUCCAACACUCCAUCUUGUGCCAGGCAUCAGAAUUCAAUGCGGUUACUGACAUCCAGGAGUUGGGAUGUGGUGCGUGACUGCAAUGUAGGUGGCCCUGAACAUGGACGCUGUCAGGUAUAAAGAUAAAAACUCAUUAAGCCACAGGCCAGUUCACAGGUUAAAUGAUCCCUCAUUUAAUGAGUUUGUAGCCUGAUCCCAGAUCUGUUUGUUCAGUCUUGCCAACUCCUUUGGCCAUUGACUAUACAGCGUAAACAGAUCUGGGACCAGGCUUAUGCAUUUGGUCUUGAGAUUUAUGUCAAUAGUGGAGGAGUUUACUUUUGUGUGUAAACUUUUUUUAAACUAGAGCAAAGGUUCUACACUCCAAUAAGAAUGUAAUUCAAACUGGUUUCUGAUCUCGGAAGCACAAAAUGAGGUAACAAUAGGCUGCUGUGGUGGCUGACACGUUGUGGUAUGCAGCAGAAUAGUUUAUCCAUCCAAUAAGAAUAGGAAGAUGUUUCUGAGUCAGAAUAAUUCCCAAUUCUUCUGCAGAAUGUUCACCACAAGCUUCCUCCACUUGUACUAAUGAUAACGUCCUUACCUCAUCCAAGUUACUGACUGCUGUGAAUUUAUGUAGCUUGUGUACUAGGAAACCUCUACUACACAAUUUAAUUUACAGAGAAUUAGAACAUCUACAGAUUAGGCAAGACUUCUUCAAACGUACAUGAACAAUCUCAGCACAUUAUUAAUAUAGAAAUAAAUCGACCUCCAGAGUAGAUUUAAUGAUUUACAAACCCAUCUCAACAGUUGUUUUCACACAUUUAAUAUAAAUUUACCGCAGAAAUUAGACAUGAGUUUAUUUUUAUAAAGUAUAGUGGGAUUUGUUCAUACCGCUUGCCUUACUGUAAAAUUGCUCUCUGGAUGUAUAGCUUACUGCUUCUAUUGAUUCUAAGGUUGACUAAUAUUGUACAUUGGGUCUGCUUACUUGCACAGCUGGGUUAUUUAAUUGCUGUACAUCCAUUACAGGCAUUUUGAUCUCUCUAAUGAAUGUAUUAAUUGUCUUGUGUAGAUCCAAUCGCUGAAGGAUAUUUAUUUACUAACGUGAUUCUGAUAUUGGUUUGUUACACAGACAUAUGCAGUGCCAUGUAAUGUCAUUUUGUAGGAUGCAAAACAGCCCCCCCCCCCAAAAAAAUGAAUAAAUAAUAAUACUUGUAA